CACGUGACCCGGAAGUAAACAGCGCGAGGCGCUAGCAGCGUUAGCUUGUGUUCAGAGGACGGCGGUGUUUCGUUGGGACGUUUGUGAGGUUUGUGGACAGAAAGGACGAUACGUGGUUCGGUUCCGAACAAUCCCCUUUAGCUAAAGUGUCGUAAAUGAGUGAAUGCGUGUUGAACGUAAAGACAACGUGGCUGUGAUUGUGAGACUAGCAGAUGAUCGGAGCUGCUGCUGUUCAGAGGACUUUGGUGUUUGUUGGAGCUGAAGAUCUUCUGCAGCUGCAGGAACCAUGUCUUCAGAACCUCAGGAAGAUUCUGACAGAGAACAACUUUCUGCUGCUGAAGGAACCAUCGUCCAGAACGAGGAGGAGCUCUGUGGUCAGAGCAGACUGGUGGGUUCCAGCUGGAACCCGCAGCUUCAGCUCCACGUUGCGGUCCUCCCCCAGCAUUAUAUGACGGAAGAGGAAGAUCACUGCAACCAGCAGAGGAACUUCAGAGUGGAACGGGAAGAACCAGGACUUCCAUGGUCUAAAGAGGAACAGGAAGAACCAAAACCUCUACAGAUUAAAGAGCAACAGGAUGAAACUGAACCUUUGCCGAUUAAACAAGAACCUCUCCAGGUUAAGGAGGAGCAGGAACAAGAACCUCUGCAGAUUAAAGAGGAGCAAGAAUGGUUCUCCAUCAGUCAAAAUGUAGAGCAGCUUGAUCUGAAGCAGGAGACUGAUACCUCGAUGGAGUUUCCUACUUAUGAGGAACAUGUUCACAAUGAAGCAGAUCUAAACAAUCAGCAGAGCUUUAAUGGGACUAAGAGUCAGGAUGAAGAAGGAAAUCAACAUGAAGAAUCAUCAUCAACUACAGAUGAAGAGACAGACCCAGAGAACAGAGAUCAGAGGAAGAGAAAAAACAGAAGUCAUGAGCAAAAUGUGGAUAGCUCUGACAUGUCAGAAAGUCAGUGUGACUACUAUGUUAGAAAAAAAUCAAAUAAGGCAUCUUUGGUUAAGAAAUGCAAACCAUCCCCAAAAGAAAAGAGACGUUCUUAUCUAAACUCUGGUAAACGCUCAAGAGUUGCUCAUAACCCCAACAUGAGAACUGAGGCUAGUAAAAGACAUUAUACCUGUCAAGAAUGUGGAAAAAGUUAUAAAUGCUGGUCUCUGCUCAAAUAUCACAUGAGAACUCACACAGGAGAAAAGCCUUAUAUUUGUAAAGCAUGCCAUAAAAGUUUUAGCCAAACAUCUAAUCUCAAAACACACAUCAGAACUCACACACGUGAAAAGCCUUUUUCUUGUAAGGAAUGCGAUUUAAGUUUUAAUCAAAUAUCUAAUCUCAAAAGACACAUGAGAACUCACACAGGAGAGAGGCCCUAUUCUUGUAAAGAUUGUAAUAAAAGUUUUAGUGAAAAAUGUGACCUCGAAAAACACAUGAGAACUCAUACAGGAGAAAAGCCCUUUUCUUGUCAUUGUGGUAAAAAAUUUAGUACAAAAUGCAUUCUGAAGAGACAUAUUAGGACCCACACGGGAGAAAAGCCCUUUUCUUGUCAAGAGUGUGAUAGGAGUUUUAUACAAAAAUCUCAUCUCAUUCGCCACAUGAGAAUCCACAUAAAAGAGGAGCCUUUUUUUUGUCAUCAAUUUAAUAAUGAUUAGAUCACACCAAUCAGAGAAAACACUGGGAAAACUCAUAGCAGAAGACUUGUUCAGUAAAAGACAAGAGUUUGCAUAGGAACGGUGACAUUGUGAAAAAAUAAAUCUUAUACAGUAGUAUUUUUAAUUCUGAUUAUGAUAAAAAAAGAAUCGUUAUCAAGAGGAAGAUGAGACACCAGACUCAAUGAUGAAAAUGACUUUAAGUCAGCUAUCAAAGUAACUUGAACUUUAAUGUGUACAGAGCCACAGGCUGAUGACCUCUACACCACUGUGCAUCGAUGCAGUAAUUCCAUUAGCAGAUCCAAAGGGAUAUAGCAACAUCCUUACAUUAAACAUUCUAAUAUAUUUUAAUUACUGAGACAUCCAUUUUUAGGUUUUCAUCAUCUAUAUACCACAAUCAAGAUCCAAAGAAGAAUAAACUUUUCUUAUAAUUUAAUUAUUUUACAUGUACUUUUAAAAUAAAAAUGUUUUGUUCUGAAUUGCAACUGUUAGAUCUUCUGACUUUUCAUUCAUUUGAUUUUAUUUGAGCAAAAGUUAAACCACAAUGUUAAAUUUUUGUUGAUUUGUUUAUUAGUAGAACUUUUGAAUUUUGUGAUAUCAUGUCUUCUUUACAAUCAUCUUUUAUGCUGAGACUGAGCAUGUUGUCUUUUGUCUGUUUGUUACCAUGACAACACUGGAAAUAAUUUUUAUACAUCUUUAAUUCUAACAAUUUGUUUUCUGUUUAAUACUGUAUUUAAUAUACUUGUAUAUUGAUAUACUUUUAUAUUUACUGUUCUAUUCAAAAAGUAGUAAACCAUGCUUUAUGUUUUGAUGAUUCGUGUGAGCAAAUAUCUGUUUUGUGAGAAAAACAAAUUUUUGAAAAUAUAUUAUAGACCCACUCCAAUGAAAA